UCCCUCCAGCAGCGGGAUCGAUAACCACGGCCUUCCCCGCCCGCCUGGGAGGGAGAGCCCGCCCCCUAGGCGCGCGUCCGGCAGCCUAUUGGUGGGCACGGUGCGAUUUUCUAUUUCUACUGGAGAGCGGAGCAGUCCGUCAAGCCCAGCGGGAACUUCUCGUUGGCCAGCGGGGACUUCAUUCAAUGAAGAGUCAGAAAGAGGAAGAAAGGCCAUACUUGCAGCUUUGUCAGUCUGUAUUACAGAGAAACAGCAGAUGGAUUCAGCGUAUGAUCUGUGGCUUAAAAGAAAUCAGAUUUGCUGCUAUUCUGCUCCACCAGCCACAUCACCAGGGCAACAUGGCAUUUACAGGCAAAUACGAAUUCGAAGGCGAUGAGAACUAUGAUGACUUUGUGAAGAAGAUUGGUCUCCCCAGUGAGAAGAUUGAAAUGGGAAGGAAUUGCAAAAUAGUCACUGAGGUAGUGCAGAAUGGAAAUGACUUCACCUGGACACAGCAUUUCCCAGGAGGCCACACCACAACCAACACAUUCACAAUUGGCAAGGAAGCAGACAUGGAGACAAUGGGUGGUAAAAAGUUCAAGGCAACUGUUAAAAUGGAAGAUGGGAAAAUAGUAGCUGAUUUUCCCAACUAUCAUCAUACUGCAGAGAUUUGUGGAGGAAAGUUAGUGGAGGGUCUGCUGUGAGACUUAAUCUGCCCCGACUCCACCCAUGAUACAACAGCACAAACAGAACCUAGAAGUCAAUGGACAAUUCCUGCUUAGAAAAUACAGUUACCAGAAGAAAGAUUGAACAUACAACUUCAUUCUCCUGUUCAGCCUUUCAAUCUCCUCAGGUAAGAUGGCACCCCCAAGACACACUGGCCACGUGAGCUGGAACAAUCUGUUCUUAUACUGGUUUAUGUCCCUACCUUGUCUCUGCACAUUUUCUGCCUUUCUUGUGCAGUGACCAAAUUCCUUAUCUGCCUAAUCCUUCACAAUGUAUUAUUUGGCAAGGCCUUUCCAUCACAUUUGUCCUACCACUCUUCUGUAAAACAUUGAGUGCUCAGAUCAAGUAUUUUUAAGGUAUAAACAUACAUUCUUGACUAGCUCUUAGAAGCUAAGGAGAAAC